AUGGCCAAAUUAACCGAGGGCCAGCUCCAGGCCAUCAGCAUCAUGGAGCGGACAUGCUCCGUCGUGUCCAUCCUCGGAUGCCUCUUCACCAUCGUCACCUUUACCUGCUUCAGGGCAUUCCAGGAGAAGCCGAUCAACCGGCUGGUGUUCUACGCGUCCUUUGGGAACCUCAUGAGCUGCGUCGGCACAUUAAUGUCACGCUCGUUCCUGGAUCACCCUAACUCGUUUGGCUGUCAGCUCCAAGCCCUUCUCAUCCAGUGGUUCAUGGCAGCCGACGCCGGCUGGAUAUUGGCGAUGGCAAUAAACGUCUACCUUACGCUGUAUAGAAAAUACGACUCGAAACGCCUACGUCGGAUGGAGCUGACGUACCUCCUCGCUUGCUACGGCAUUCCAUUCAUACCCGCCUUUGUCCUCGUCUUCAUCAAGCGCAACGGAGUGCGUGUUUAUGGCGACGCCGUUCUCUGGUGCUGGAUUGAAGAGGACUGGGAAGCCCUGAGGAUAGCAGUUUUCUACGGUCCGGCCUGGCUUGUAAUCCUCUUGACCAUGUUCAUCUACGUCAGGGCCGGUCGCACCAUCUACAUGACCAGGAAGGAGCUUCGAAGGAGCUCAGACAUAAGCUUGUUAUCGCCGGAGUCCGAGAAGGAAACAUCCUCGAGACACACAGAAGUUAGUCUAGGCCGGCGUCUCACAAUUGGUAGCAUGCCCUCUCGACCAAUGCCACCUGUUGCCGUCGAGGACGCUGUUGAGGAAGUGCUCGGUCCGUGUGGUCGCGCCGAGGACUCGACCACGGAUCCCACCGCCUCGCCACCGCCACCGCCGCAACUUGACGGCUCAACUCGCGCAAGACGACACAGCUACGAGUUUAAAAGUGCGGCAUGGUCGUACACGAAGACCAGCCUGCUUUAUUUCACGGGCAUACUAUUGAUAUGGACGCCCUCGUCGGCCAACCGAGUAUACGCCCUGGUCCACGGCGGCACGACCAUCGCCCCCCUGGCAUACAUGAGCGGCUUGGUACUACCUCUGCAGGGAUUCUGGAAUUGGCUCAUAUACACCGUCGUCUCGUGGCCUGCGUGCAAAGACAUCUUCCGCAGGUUGAAGAGCUGGGUGCUGCGUCUAAUCAGACCUUCAACCCGAGACAAGAGCGAUGGGCAUAGCCGGAAGUCGACGGCCCAAGUCCAGACGGUGGCAAGGAGUCCCAGCUCAUUUGAUUGCGAGAGCGGGACAGCACUUCCAUUUGCGAGAGAUGGAUAG